AGCGGAAUUCAUCAAGACCUGUCGUUUCGAUCAGUCAAACUUCGUCGACUGCUCCACCGAGUCCGUCCAGGGAUUGUUCGACAAGCUUGUAACCGGUAUCGAAGGGCUUGAGCAUGUCGGUACGAUCGAUCCGAUGAAGAUCAGCAAAAUAAGGAUUCUGCAAGGUGAUGGACCGGUCAGUGUCAAUGCGUCCCUCUCCAAGGUGGUGGUUACCGGUUUUGCCAGCACCAAAGUCGUCCGAAAUGUUGUCAGCAGCAAGGAUUUCAGCUGGGAAACUCACAUCCGGCUGCCGAAGAUGCGGCUUGAAGGCAACUAUCACAUGCAGGGUCGUAUACUAGUAAUACCUCUGAACGGACACGGCAAAUGUUGGUUCGAACCGAGUGGCAUGGACAUCAUCAUGCGUACGACGACCGAUCUUUACCAGAAGGAUGGACACGUCUUCUACAACGUUACUGCCACCAAGGUCGACUACACAAUCUCCGGACUGCGGCUACACAUGGGCAACCUGUUCGAGGGUGUAAAGGUGCUGGAAGACAGCACCAACCAGUAUCUAAACGAUAACUGGCGCCCAGUUUCGGAAGCACUGAAACCGAUCAUUGCCAAAACGAUCGAGGACAUACUGCUCGCGAUCAUGCAGAACAUUUUCCAUCAAAUUCCGGCCAACUACUUUGUGGCGGAUCUGCCACGUGCGUAAU